AUGAAUCAAAAAAAUAAUAAAAUUCAGAUUGUUCAAUUCAUAUACUUUAGAAUACUUAUAAUUAUGUUAAAGAGGGUUUUUUAUUGUAAAAUGAUAAAGUAUUUGCUUAUCUAAAUUGCAGAUCAAAGUAAUGAUAUAGCAGAGGUUCAAGAAUGUGUAAAAAUUUUAUCAUAAUCAUUUUUGAUGAAUUAAUUAAAAUUAGAUUAAGAUAUAGUAUAAAAGAUUGAAAGGUUAAUAUAGCAUAAAGAUAUGUAGAUAACAAAUAAAAUUAUUAAAGCGUAUACAAAAAUAAUAGUAUAGAAAAAGUAUGAGGAUUUAACAAUUACAGUUGAUCCCUUCCUUUCAAGAAAAAUUAAAGAUAAAAAAAUAACAGAAUCUUGA